GGUACCAAGCGAUUCGCAUGUUGAGGGGACAUCCUUCGAAUUCUCCCAAAACCGAACGCAGCUAAAGGCUCUAUCUUACCUUUUUCCAUAGGUAGUUCGCGGUGUUUUGAGACAAGUCGUAAGUUUUGUUUCCAAAGAUCUUAGUUAUCAUCGUUUAUGGAUGACAGUGAUAGAAAUAUUUGGAGCCAAGAAAUUUGAAAACUUUUGCAGACUUUCAACGUCAUUCAUCCGAGCGUAAAUUAUGAAGUAUCAUUUCCAAACAUCUUCGAGCAAAACUUUAACAAAGCCCUUUCUAUGGUAAAAAUCAUGUCAGUUUGACAGUUUAUUCAGACUGAAGUAACAUGGCUCAAGAACUGCUCUACCAAGACAAUACUUUGCAGGCGACAUUUUUCGGCAACCUCACUACAGUUCCAGAACCUCCUUCUAGACUAGUUAACAUAUUCAUCAGCUCUACAAAAUCAGACUUAGAACAUGAACGCAGACAACUACAUGAAGUGAUUUUACCACAGCUUCAGAAAGACUGUUCUGCCUUGGGUGUAGAUAUUCAGUUAGUGGACAUUCAAAGUGGCGAAGACGAGGAUGCAAUCCUUGAGCCAACAGCUAUAGCUCAGCAUUUAGAAGAAAUAGAAGAUUGCUGUAAGACAUCUCUUGGUUGUUUCUUUAUGUGUCUGAUUGGAAACAAGUAUAGACCUUAUGCGUUACCUGCUUCCAUCGAUGCCACAGAAUAUAACCAUAUUCACAACGCAGCGAAUGAAGCCGGUCUAGACGCAUCACUCCUAGACAAUCACUAUCUCCUAGACUGUAAUCUCCUACCUCCUCGAUAUGUGUUGCAGACUCAGAACCAGGCAAAUAAUAACCCUGGGAUUAACAAAGAGCCAAUGAACAAAAACCACCAAGAAAUAGCCAAAAGCGACUGGCCGGAGGAAGAAGAUAAAUUGGUACGAAUAAUCCAAUACGGUGCGAGCAUAGCAAUCCAAGAAGGACUUAUCGAAGCAGAAGAAACUUCCCAAUCUUAUUUGUUAUCGGGUGUCCAUACACAUUUAAGACAUGCCAUUAGACUGAAUAAAAAUCGUCCCGAAGGAAUACUCUGCGUCGUUAGACAAUUUGAAGAGAUUGACUUGUCUGACCAGGUUUCAUCGCUAUUCGUCGACAGUUCAACAAUCGAUGGAGUAUCAACAGAAGAUGAUAGUUCUGCUGGUCUGCAACGACUUCUUGAAGAUGUCAUAACAGGAGUCAAUCGAAAGAAUGUAGCUUAUUUCAGUGUUCCUUGGAGUAAAUCAGGUCUGGAUCCAAAUCUUCCAGAACAUUCCACAUAUUUGAAAUCUUUUUCGAAUUUUAUUACGUCCAAACUACAUGAUCUCAUAACAGCAGCAACUAAAACAUGGAGUCCUAAUUGGGAUCUAUUUCCAUCUGCUUAUAGAAAAUCAAUUCAAGAAGUAUAUAGAGAAUCCCAAAGCCACAUGCUUAACAGUCGACGAUAUCUUCGGGAGUUGGGUGUGUCUCAAUCUCUGGACAGUGACUGCAAUGCACUACUACAUAUUCAAAAACUCAUGCUCGGCGAAGAUGAGAAAUUGAGGCAUACGCCUGUAAUUGUCUGUGGACGAGAUGGAUCUGGAAAAUCAACACUCUUAGCUCAAGUUAUUACUUAUUGUACAGAAUGGCUGGGAGGAGAAGUCAUUAGGAUAGUUCGACACGUGGGACAAAGUCCGUGCUCAACGUACACUUCCGAAUUGCUACGGAACCUUUGUCUUCAUAUAGCAUUAGUUUUUAAUUUCAAUCCUAAACAUCAAAAUUUAGAGUUAGGAGAACUAAGCAUCUGGUUUCAGGACCUUUUGAAAAUGGUUGAAGUUUCACCUACUGAUCUAGUGAUAGUUCUGGAUGACCUACAUGAGCUUCGAUCACCAACUGGAAGUCAGUCUGCCAUUUUAGGGUGGCUUCCUUGGGUCCUUCCAUCUAAUGUUCACGUCAUAUGCUCAAUCAGUGAGGAUGCCGAAGAUGUCUUACGUUUUCUAAGAUCUCGAUCUUCUUACAAUGAUAGUUUCGUCCACAUACCUCCUUUGACACCAGCUGCUGCAAUAAGCAUGUUACAAUCCAAUCUAAGAGACCAUAAACACACACUGACCACCGCACAGUUUCAAGCCAUGAGAGAUAAAAUGUCCACAGCUAGUCCCAAUUCAUUAUAUAUUAAACUAUUGUCAAGAAUUGCCGAGAAAUGGCAUUCUUGGAUGGAUAUUUUAGACACCUCCAUUCCAGGCAGUUUGGAAGAAGUUGUGGAUUAUAUUUUUUCAAAUGUGAAAAACAGGUAUGGUUUUCGAACAAUGCGAAAAGUAGUAACCUUUUUGGCGUGCACUACGUUUGGUCUUCGAGAAAAUGAAAUGAUAGAACUCUUGGCAUCCACAAUUGACGCUUCUGAGGAUGGCAACCAACGGCAUCUUAAUAGACCCGCUACAUGGUUUAAUACAAUCAAGGAAAUGAAGCCUCUCUUGAAAGAAUAUUACGUCGAUCGCCGACCAUACCUGCAUUGGAGUCAUAAUAUCAUUUCUAAGUACAUCAUGAAUAAAUACUUAAAGACUUCACGUGAUCUACAAGCCUGCUACACCGAACUUGCCAACGCCUUCCAGCUAGGAUUCCUGAUGGAAAAAGACAAGGAGGAAAAUUUUGAUGUUACGAAGCGAAAAGAUGACUGGUGUGAUAUUUUAAGAGAAAUUGAUGAACUUUGGUUUCAUCUUUUGCAAAGUGGGGACAAAGAAAAGUUAAAAAAAGAUGCCAUAUGCAAUUUCGAUUUUCUUCAGAGUGCACUGAAUAGUGCAUCUGUCAGCUAUGUCAGGAGUAUUCUGGAGCUCGUGAAAUGUCACAUUAUAGACUGGGAGGUUGAGUUAUUGUCUGCAGUCACAAAGCAAGCUGUGGACAUUUUGAGCCAAGAUUCUUCUCAACUUGCCACCGAACUUUUGAAUUGGCUUAAACCUUUUGCAGAUUUUUCCGGUACAACUGCAGUAAAAAGUUUAGUUACAAGUGCUCUGAAGUUCUGCAAUAAAUCAACGCUACCGAGACUAGUGCCUACAAAUUCGUGGCUAUCCUUGAUUCUUCCACCACAGGUCAUGAGCAUGACUGUAUCCCGCACCAUAACCCAUAUGGUUGCCAUGCCCGAUGGACAACAUGUACUCUGCUCUUUCGAUCAGAAAGAAAUAGAAAUGUUUCACAUUCCAUCAAAAAAUCAUGUUAGAAUUUUCAAAGGUCAUAAAGCUGAUAUCAACUGUCUUCAUGUAACUUCAUCCGGACAGUUAUUAAUAAGUGGAUCUGAAGAUACUGAUGCAAUCAUUUGGGUCAUCGAUACUGGUCAAAUAAAACAUCGAAUGAGCAAUCACAUAACUGGUGUAUUAUGUAUACAAACCACCCAUUCAGAAGCAAUUAUGAUAAGUGGAUCUGAAAUAGGUGUGGUCAUCAUAUCAAGCUUGGACUCCGGUCAAGAACUACACCGCUUAGAUACACAUCGUGGACUCAUUAGCUGCAUAUCUGUCAACAGCGAUGACGAUAUAUUUGCUACAGGAUCCAGUGACAAAUCAGUUUGCGUUUGGAGUCUAGAUAACUACUCUCUACUCAACACCAUUAAUUUGCCUUCUGGAAUAUGUCGUAUGGAUAUCAGCAAAGAUAGUACCUUCCUGGUUGUUGCUUGCCUUAACCAAUCAGUUCAUGUCCGCUCGUUGACUACAGGCUCCGAAGUCCAUUGUCUUCAAGAGAUAUCAUCGGAAGUGACGUCGGUGUGCUUUGGACACGACAAUUGCCGUUGCGUGGUGGGUUGCGCUGAUGGAAAAUGCCUUGUAUUCGAUAUCCACUCAGCAUCUCUAAUCACUACUCUCACUGGACAUACGGAUUCCAUUUGUAGUGUGCAGGUUCAACAUCAUGACACGUUUUUGAUAACUGCUGGAGGAAAUAAGGUAGUUGUUUGGAAUUUCACACCGCCAAAACGCGAAAUAAAUGGAUUUAUUAAGCCGAAAGUGAAGAGGCUCGAUAGUCACCGAGAACCAAUUAUGUGCCUUGCAGUUUCAAAGGAUGGGACAGUGGCUGUGACAGGCUCGAGGGACAAUCUUCUUAAAAUCUGGAACUUGACAACAGGAGAAGUUACUCAUUCACUAUCAGGCCAUACUGCUCCUAUAACUUGUGUUACAUUUGCUCCUAAUGGUCUUUUUGUAGUUUCUGGAUCUGAAGAUACGACUUUAAGAGUUUUCGGGUUGACAUUAGGUCUUGUAGAACAAACAUUUCAGGAACAUCAAAGCAAAAUUCAAAAUGUUUGCGUAGCCUCUGACAGUCGAAGAAUUUUGUCGGUUGAUAUUCAGGGAAAUCACAAACUGUGGACGUCAGAUAAUGGACAGCUAAUGUAUUCCUUUAAAAGACCAUCCACUCUGGUUACCAUCCGUGGAAACGUUGUCUUUGCCGUAGUUGAUAAAGACUUGAAGUACUGGCCACUGAUGGACUAUAAUAAUGAAGUAAAAGUGAGCCAUACUGAUACUAUUUUGUGUUAUGCAGUCACAGAUGAUUAUGAGAACUUAAUUACUGGAUCCAAAGACAAAGCAAUCAAAUAUUGGGAAGUUUCCACUGCUAAAAUUACCCAAGUUCUUGCUGGCCAUGAAGCACCUGUCACAUGCGUGUCUUUAGCGCCCUUAAAAUCUUCAGUUGUAGCAUCUGGAUCAUCAGAUGGUGUUUUGAUUUUGUGGGAUUUAUUUACAGGCGAUAUUAUUUUCACACUCAGAGGCCAUACAGAUACCAUAAAAUGGAUUCAGCUAACUCCAAAUGGCUCAGUUUUACUUUCAGGUUCCUCAGAUAAUACUCUUCAACUGUGGAAUGCUCUAACUGGCGAAUGCAUCAGUAUGCUUGAUCUUCAUGCACAACUGAUGUCAGUAGGCAGCAGUUUUAACCUUAACCACAUUGUUGUCCAACUAGCUAAAAGUUCCUCAGUCCCGAUUCUUAGGUUUCACAAUAAUCCAGCUAAGGGUAUCACUUUAGACAUGCUUCCAGGAUAUCAAGAAGACAUUAGAAACUCAGGUCCAUCUGGUGCACUCCCAAAACGAGUUUUGCAAAGAGGAAAUUUAAAACGUGAGCAAUCGUUCGAUUCUUUGUUUUGGGAGUUAAAAUCAAGUUCACCUAGGCAUGAUUUUCUGCCACGCGAUGACCUGCAGCGACAACCACUAUCUUUUUCCAAUUCUGGUGGAAACAGUGUGUGGGAUGGUACCAAAGGUAGAGGUGUUCUUCGACCAUCUGACACUCUUGGUAUGCAACCAAAACCGAAACUUGCCAAAAACAAACUGCUCAAAAAACAGCAAAGUAUGUUUGCUUUUUUUCCAGAACAUAAUCAAUCGCAGCAAAAUUUAGUAAGAGACCAAGAAGCAAGAAAGGCAGACUUGCUCGCUAGAAUUCAAUCUGCCAAUCGACAACUUCUGGAUUCACCAGCAGAAAACCCUGGUGAAUUAAAUGGUGAUAAAGAACAGAAAGGAGCAGAUGUUACAGAUUCCACAGUAUGUUGCAUUGCAUAAUUUGCUUACUAAAGAAAUAUGUAAGAUUUUUUCAGUUUCAAAUAAUGUCCAAAGAGGCCAAGUUCAGCAUACGAGGUGUAUUUAAAAAAACUAAAUACUAUUUUAUACAACAAAUACUGAUCAAAUUCUAGUCAUUUAAAAAAAAAAAACUUCUACUGUAUUUUAUUUCAUAUUGUUCAUCACUGGUAUGCAAAUGAAGAAAUCGCUCCCAAAAUUCAUCAUUAGUUAAAAUAUUACAUCUAAAUACAAUAAUGCCAUGCAUAAACAUUUAGCAGUGUAUAUAUUUUAUGAAUUGAGUUUUUUUUAUAACUAUAGACUAAUUUAAAGAAAAAUGAUUUUGCAGAUAAAUUAUAUUUUGUCAUCCACAUAUCUUUUAAAAAUUCAACUAAUGUACAUAUGACAACGAAUUCUAGGAAAAUCUUAAACUGUUUUGGUUCUAUAAUAUUUUGCCUUUCUAAAAAGUUAUCCACACUACAGAAGUAAUUGACAACACCAUGUAUAUGAGGUUGUCAAUCGGUGCUAACUCAAGUUAGCAAGUACAGUGACUAUUGUAAGAAAUUAAAGUAACUGUCUUCAACCAAAUUCGGGGAAGACCCGACUUGUUUAAUUAAUUAUCCUGGAGGAAUUGAACACAGCUGAAAUUUCAUGGUUGCUUAACAACACGAAAAAAAGUGUAUUCACGUGUUAAGGAUUUUUCUGAUUCCAGCAAAUAAUUAUGAAACAACUCAAUGAAUAACUUAAUGAAAUUAUGUUGAACUAUAAAACUUUAUAAUCAUUUAGCACAACUUAUUACAGUCACGUUAUUUAUAUUUUGCUUUUAACUGAAUCCUGCUGCUUAUAAAAUUUACCUCAGAUUAAUAUCAAACAUUAAUUGAAAAAAUAAUAAUACAAAAUAAUUAUCCAAACGUGAUGAUAUAUUUUCAUUCCCAUUCAACAAUACUGCUUUUUGAAUAGGUAGUAGAACUGAGUAUUGCAGAAAUUCAAAAUCAGAAUUUAUAAAAAAAUAUGCAUAGUUUUUAAAUACAUAGUACGAAGCAUAAAUUAUCGAUAAAGUAUUUUAUUGGCAAACAAAGAUAUUUUAUAGAGAAAAUUUAAUAAUGCAUAAAUUAAAAUUUUAUUUUAAUCUUUUAAUACUCAUAAUUUUGAUGAAUGAUGCAUUCAAUUUUAUUCGCAGUGAUUAUUCUAAGAUGUGAAUAUAACUAUUAUUGAUAUAUGUGUAACUACUAAUUAUGUGUAACUAUUAUUGAUAUAAUGUAACUUCUAAGAUUGAUAUGAAGGUAAUAUUGCUUUAAUAUAAAGUGGUUUGAUUUUUCAAAAAGCUAAUUUCAACAUUUUAUAACACAGUUUAAACAUUUUUAUGUUUAUCUGAUGUGUUGCAUUGAUAGAAAAAAUAAUUUUGAAAAUUUAAAAUUCCUUUACUGAAAAAAUGAGAGAAAUCAUAUUGUUAGCUUAAAGUGAUCAAUGCUUAGUAUGACAAUCAUAAAAACCAUGGAACAAAACUAUUUGUUAUAAUUCUGAAUUUACUUUUAAGUUAAAAAUAUUUCUGAUUUCAAAAACUACAUAAAUAUACAUUUAAUCACUAUUAUCAUGGAGUUUUAAUUAUAGAAUUAAUGAAAUUGCAAACAUUAAGCUACAAUUUCACUUUCUAGUCUUUUUUUUCUGAUAGAAAACUUUUUCAAGAGUUGCUCUAAACUAUGGUCUUCCAUUACAAAAAGUAACAAAUCCUUUAUCACAAACCUUAAAUCAGCUUAAAAUUUUACUAAGGUAAAAGAAAAUUAUAAUUUUUAAUCAUUGAUAAAUUGCUUACAAGAAAACUACAAAUAAUUAUUUUGCAAAUUUUCUUAAUUAAAAUGAAUAAAUACUCAUGAAUUUGAGGACCUUUUAUCUUUAUAAUUAUUUCUGAAGCAAAGCUGUUCAAAGCCAUGGAGGAAUUAUAAAAAGUAAAUUGAUCAAAAAGUUUCAACCAUUUCAACCGAGAGAAAUUUUUACUUUUUUCAUUGAAAAAUUUUUGAUCAAUCAAAAAUACAAAAGUAAAUUAAAUUUUGAUUGAUUGAAAAAUAAAAAUCUGUUCAUUAAACAAAUAUCAUUACCUAUUAUGAAAGACAAUUUCUUUGGGAGACUCUGAAUUAAAGUACUUCCACAGAAAUUUCAUUGACAUAAAAACAUAUAUAGCAUGAAUAAUUUAAAAUAUUGUUCUGAAAAUAUACCUUAGUCUGAAUCAUUAUUUUCUUGUAGAUUAAAUAGAAUUACGAUUAAUUUUAUAAUAAAUGAGUAGUUUUGUUCAAGAAAAUAACAAGGAAACUGUGUUAACUUUGCUAUUACAUAUGGUGCUUGCUAUUGAUUAAACCCUAAUGAACUCACAUCACAUUCAGGAAAUAUGCCAAAAUUUUAUAAUAUGCAAAUAGAAAAGCACUAUUCAUAACAAAAUUUUAAUCAAAUAAAUUAUUAAUUUAUCCCUAUAAUUUACAAAUACUCUUAGUGAUUUACAGCAUUAUCAUAAAUUUUGAAAAUUUGAUUUAACCUAGAAGACUAGUUCAAAGAUAGAAAAUAACCGUUUAAGAUAAUCUAACCAUAUUAAAAAUUUGACAAUAAUGCAUUUAAAAGCAGCUUCAAAAAUUUAACUUUCAACUCUGGUUGAACAAUUCACAUUUCUGAAAUAUAAAGAAUUUAAAAUAUUAAUACAUCUUGAAAUAUUUGAAAAUUUUAAACACCCAUAGCUUGAAUUUGUUGGGAACAUUAACUUGCCUUAAAACAUUCUCAACAAUGACAAUAUUUCUAUAAAUCAAAUAAUAAAAGUUUACACCAAAGUAAUGUUAUAAUUUUAUGUUCUUAAAAUAUUCUUUCAAAAAUGCAAUUUCUUUAGCUAGUUUUACUGGUAUCUCAGUAAAUAAAAAUUAAUGCAAAAAAUUAUAAAACUUUUAAUGUAAAAGAAAAAAAAACUUGAAAUGUUAUUCAAAUAUAAACACAAUUUCCUUGCUAUGUAUAUAUUAUUUUGUGAUUCAAGUAGUUUAAGACCCAUAGAUUUAUGUACCUAAUGUGAUCAAUUUUACAUUGUGUUAAAUGUUAUUUACAUGAUAGUAACUAUGUAGUCCUUAAAUGUUUGCCUUCACCAAUUUCUAGUUUCAACAGCCAUAAAUGUGUGGUGCACAAAGUACAACAGAGCUUGUGUAUAUAGCGAAAAAAAAUUAAAAAGUUAAAAUUUUAUAGAAAUAUUAGAAAAAUAAAUUGAAGAACAUUAUUUAAGUAGAAUGCACUAGAAUGAUAAACUAUAUGAAUGAUUAAUAAUUGAUCGAAGGAUAGUUAUAAACUGAAUUAUUAAAAUUGAUACUUAUACAGUUUGUAUCCUUAUAGUAAGACAUAUUAUAAACAAAAAUUAUAAAUUUUAAAGGUAAAUAGAUAACAUUAGAAUUAAAGAUAACUUUUUAUACAGAUACAUCCUUCCAUUUUUGUACUUCUGCAUUAACCAAAAAAAUUCACAAAAAUUAUUAAAAUGACUUUAAACAUUUCUGUCUUUGUGUUAGAGAAAGUAGCGAAAUUACCAAGUAUAUAUUAAUUCAAAACCUUAAAAAAUUUAUUUGUUAAUGACAACAGAAGUAUUAAAAAAAAUUGUUGGAAAUAUAAAACAUUAAUAAAAAUAACUAAAAUAAGAGGAAUUAUAUAAAUAGAAUUAAGAAAUUAACUUUACAUAGAGAAUAUGAAUUGUGACUAAAUUUAAAAAUUUUUCUUAAUAAAAUACUAACAUUAUAGCUUUCUGUUUAUUGUAAAUUUAAAAGGAAAAAUAUUAAGUUUUGUUAAUUUUAAAGCACUUGUAGCAUUAUAUGAGAAACACAUCUUGACACAUUUUCAUUUACUUUAUGUCACAUUACAUUUGUAUAUUAAAAUUAUAUUUUAAUAAAUAGAAAAUGGAUUAUUUUCUACAAAUAAAGGCUAUUUUCAGGAAGUGAAAAUAAAAAAAAAUUGUGUUUGGCAUUUCAAAUAUUUUUUAGUUAUAUGAUACACAAGAAAGUACUAGACAAAUCAAAAUUGCCAUGCUUAAAAUUUAAAAUAUACUAAACUUAUCAUAAGUUUUAACUAAAGGGAUGAAAUGAUAACAAAGUGCAAGAAUAAUUUUAAUAUAAUAUAAUACUAUUAAAUAAACAUAAAUAAUUUUAAUUAUAAAUAUUUUUGAACCAUAUUUGCAUAAAUAAAACUUAAAUAACUAAAUAUUUUCUAAAAAAUGUCCUAUAAAAAGAAAUAAAAGUACUUAUUAAUACAUUUUAAAAAAAUAAAUAAACUUCAUAAAUUAAAAAGAUUUUAUUCUCUCACAAUGCGGGGAAGAUAAGUGAGGGAAUGAGCAUUGUUUGCUUCUGAAGUUUAUUUCCAUUCAUAAAAUUAAAAUAGCAAUAUAUAUUCUUAAAUUAUCUGAUUAGAGAAAAUAAUAACACUUAUAAAUACAUUUUUAAAAAUAAAUAAACUUCAAAAUUAAAAAAGUAACAUUCUCUCACAAUGUGCGAAUGCUAAAACAAGUUUUGUUUGUUUCUGAAAUUUAUCCCCAGUAAUAAACUUAACAAUACAUAUUUUAUAACAGUCCCAUCACGGGAAAUUAAAACAUUCAUUAAUACUUUUAAAAAAAAUUAACUUCAUAAAUUUGAGUGAUGGAAUGGGGAUGUCAUCUUAACUCUUAUUUAAUUUGUUUAUUCAGUUUCUUUUUACACACUGAGAAACUUCUCCAAAUUUAUUAAAAUUUGUUUUGCAGUUUUAUCAGACCAUGUACUUUGUUUCUGUCCAAAUAAUGAUGCCAUCGACCUGAAACAUCCUGAAUCGCUUUGGGUGAAAGAAAAAUAUGAAUUGUUAGUUUAAACUUUUUUCCUGAAUUAAAAACCAAUCUAAAGACCAAAAAAAUUAACUUAAUACAUAGAAACAACCCUACAAGUGUUAAUUUUAAAAGGUAAAAGUUGAAGAACAAGAAAAGUAUGUUAUUUCAAUAAGAAAUAAUGUUUGUUAUAUUUGCAGAGUGUAGAAGUUAAGAGAGAGGGAAUGAAAUUUCAGAAGAUUAAAAAUAAAUAAAACAUAUUUAUUUUAAAUACUUCAAACUUUUGAGAUAAUAGAAUAAAAAAAUCUUUGAACUAUACAUUGAACCAAUAGCUUAUUAAGAAUUUUAUAGGGAAAAAAUAAAUAUCUUUCAUUUAUAUCAUUUUAGCCUAUUUGAAGAUAAUAAUCCAAAUAUGAGUUGGAAGAUUCAGUGCAAGCCUUUCAAAUGUUUGAGAAUGAAAGAUAUAACUAAAAUUUAGAGAUAUGUCACACUCAAAGAUUGUCUAGAAAGUUUAAAAAUAAUUUUAUUACGAAUGCAUUUAUGAACUAUUUGAAUCAAAAAUAUAGAAUUUAAACAUAGAAAUAUGCUAAAGAGGGGAGGGGUUAUAUGAAAGAAAAUUUAUCAAUUUAUUUCAUUUAGGUAAUUAUUUAUUUGCUUUAUAUUUGUUGUUGUUUUAUUAGUUUAAAAAUUACUAUUUUAGUAGAACAAGAUAGAAUGACCCACAUUGACUGAGGUAUAUAUGAUUAAACAUUGAAACUGCACGUUAGAGAGAAAUAUUUUUACACAUAUAAUUGACCAAAUUUUAAAAAAAAUCUUAAAAAUUAAUCUUGUUAACAAUCUACAUUCAGAUAAAAUAUACAGAAAGCCUAAAAUCUAUUUAUUAUACAGAAAAAAAAAACAAUUUUAGCCUUCAAGAUUACCAUAAAAGUAUUUCAAAUGAAUCAAACGCUAAUUGUUUUAUAUAGGCAACAUUAGAAAUAUUGUUCAUUUGCAUCAUCACCACCUACAUGCACCUGUGAAGCACUCAACCAUAAUAUGUAUAAAUUGUUUGCACAGCUUUGAGUGUUGAAAUGUGUUCAAAGUGUUUAUCAGCAUUGUAGAUAUAUUUGUAUGGCUGAUAUAAUAAAUAUAUUUGCAUUCUUUCAAAA